AUGUCAAUUCAUCAACUAGAGAUCAAAUAUUACGAAUUGAAUAGUCUACCUUCCAACUCGGGUACAAUGAUUACCAAUACCCGUCGAUUAAUAGGUCUAAAGCCCGCUAAGCAGUUGAUGAGAUAUAGCUCGUACAAGAGUCCCCAUGGCCCGAAAUACGCCGUGCAGCCCAAUAUCGGUGGCUUCACUUUAAAACAAGCCAAAACACUUGGCAUAACUCUUGGUGGAUUUGGUGGAGUAGCUGGCUUCUUUGCAUUAUUCUUCCUAGGGGAUGUACCAAGAGUGCGGAAAGAUAUACUCGAAAAAGUACCGUUCAUCGGGAGUCAUUUUAAGAAGGAAAUACCAGCAAGUGAUAAUGUGAGUCAACUUGCCCCUAGAUCUUCACAUCUUUCCCCUGAAAAAAUCCAAUAUGGUGGAUCCCCAAGAUUCUAUGAACAGUCGAUCAAGGCAAGUGCGCCGGAACGACUUGAUCUGCGCGCAUCCUCACUGGACACUGAAAGUUGGAGAUCAUCAAGGAUUAUUCAGACUUUCUAA